AUGGCUCACAAUCAACGCGAAAUGGUCGACGGCCUUUUCAAAUGGAAGGGCCCGAAGCAGCCGCAGCCGGGCGGCCGGUACCCCCGCAAGGAGCAGCAGAGGCCCGCCUAUGGCCGUUCGAACAACACGGAAUAUCGUCAGCGCUACAUACCGUCCGGUCUCAAGAAGGACAAGGAGGAUUUCUCGGAGAUGGCCAAUGACAGCGUCGACGACACUCGUUCCACUUUGAAGCGCAGUGAAAGCGAGCUGUCGGAUUUUGAGAAGCUUAGCAUUGGUUCUCGUGGCAGCCUGGAAACUAUCAGCAUUCCUGAACACGUCCCUGUUGAGUUUCAUCCUCGGCUCAAGCCAGCUUGUCGCAUUGGCUUGGAAUCGGUUACUCUCCGUACCAAUAUGUUCCCGAUCCACGUCACCGACACUGACAGGAUUGUUUAUCGCUACGAGGUUGCCGCUGAAAUUUUGGUGGCCGACGAUCGCAGGAGACCCAAGGUCAUGUCAAUGAAUAAGGGUGCUAAGGAUGAUUGUGAAUACAUGCGUCGUUGCGAAACUAUCCGCGCUGCUCUCCAGUUCGCACUGGAGUCUUACCGUGUGCUCAGCGAAUCCGGCGUCACUGUUUUUGAUGGCAACAAUACGCUCUUCGCUAAUGAAAAUCUCGAGUUGGCUUUGAAACGCUUCCAAGGCACUUUGACUUUGAACCCUGGCCAGUUGCCGCCUGCUCUCAAGGGCUUGGUCUCGAAGGAUGCAACCAAGAUCAGCAUUAACAUCAGGCCUUGCACGGGCUCUGCGCAUCAGUUCACCAUCGGAGAAGCGAAGCAACAGAUUGCUGAUGGCGGUUGUGAUCGCUCGCUCCGUCAGUUUUACGAGUUGCUGACGAAUGAAGGAGCUAUCCAAAACAAAGCAUACGUCUUCUAUGGAGCUGGCAAAGCCUUUCUGCGUCGCGAGGAUCCUAGCUCCCGCUACGACAUCGGCAACGGCCAGGAGCGUCGUCAGGGCCUGACGAAGGGCGUUCGAUUCAUCGAGGGAAAUGGUGGAGGCGACGACAAGGAUCCAUUCAAGGAAACGAGGCUUGUGGCGGCCCUCGUCCUCGACGCCAAAGUCGGCUCCUUCUACAAGACCAACUCUUGCCUCGAGUCGAUUGCUGCUUUGAACAAUUGGUCCAAUCCCAGUGAUGUGGUUUGGAACUUGUCGACCGUGAAGCGUGUGCACCGUUAUUUCAACGGUCUUCGUUUGGAGGUGAUGGGCACCGGCAACACUUUCAUUGCGAGUGGUUUUGACUUCAGCGACGAACGCGGAUUCAAGUUUCGCACGCUGCGUGACUAUGAACAGACUGCCGGAAAAGGCAAUGUUCAAUCUCUACAGAAGUUUAUUGCGCAAGGAAUUCGCAUCCAAUUCCCGGAUUGGCCCGUGGUUGUGCAGCGCAUUGGAAAAGGUCGCGGCAAGGAACGCUUGGCUUACUUCCCUCUGGAGUUGCUGAGGGUUUGCCCGUAUCAACGCGUCCCGCUGACCAAGGCCUUGAUCAAACCAGAGAAGGCUAGGCCUCCGCAGGAGCGCUGGAACUUGAUCAGUCGCCAUCUUCAAGAGUUGGACCUGGCCGAGAAAUCUCCUGUCCUCUCUGGAUUUGGAAUUCGCGUGGAUCGCGAGCCGCUGCACAUCACCGGCUUUCGCCGAGUCGCUCCGCAAAUUGGAUAUGCGAAUGAAGAAGUUGCUUCACUGGACCCGCGCAAGGCGGCCUGGAAACAAGAAGCUCAUUAUGUGGAAGGCGCUACUGUCAACAAGAUUUUCGCGACCUGGGCUGGCCCUAUCACCAACCGCUCGAUUGUGAGCAACUUCUUGGAACAGUUCGAGAAGGAGGCGGGGGCGAUGGGCAUCAUUAUUGGCAAGGUCGAGCUGGUCCAAGAUCCAAUCGACAUCGAGAGUGAGGCUCGACGUGUCGGGCCUGUUUUUAAGAAGGCAGCUGCUGCUCAGAAGGCUCAUGGACGCGUGAUUGUCCUGUACUUCUCCAAUAAGUAUACAGACUCGGCUGGCCGUGUUGCUGAGACGAAGUCUCACAAUUAUCUCAAGUUCGCCGAAGCCGUCUAUCAAGUGGUCACCCAGCAUAUCUCGAUUGAGACGAUUUCUGGCAAGAAACAGGGCGACGGCCCAUACAAGGUCGACUCUUCUACGAUGGGCAACCUGCUCAACAAGUUCAACCUCAAGGCUUUUGGCCUCAACUACACGGUCGUCCCGGAAGCUUUUGGAAAUGACUAUUGGUUUGGCUCUACGCUAUUUUUCGGAUAUGAUGUGGCUCACCCAGUGAUGCAAAGUGUUGGCGACAAAGCUCUUGGUUACGCAAACGAAAACCCUUCGGUGGUUGGGUUUGCACACAAUGCUACGCGUUCUCGCGACGCCUUCGUUGGAGACUUUGCCUACCAGGAGGCCAACCGUGAGCGCGUUAGCGACCAAGUCUUGAACGCCCGCGUAAAGUGGAUUCUCAAGCAAUGGGAGACUAACAGGAAAGAGCCGCUGCCUGAAAAUAUCUUCAUCUACCGUGAUGGAGUUUCUGAAGGCCAGUAUGAAAUGGUUUUGAAAGAGGAGCUCGCCGCUAUUCAAGAGGCAUGCUCCGAAUACGACCUGAACUAUCAGCCGAAGUUUGCUCUUGUGAUCGUCACAAAGCGUCACAACAAACGCUUCUUCAAGGAUGGAGCCGAUGGUUCGGUCGGAAAUCCGGAGCCGCUCACGGUCAUUGACAAGGAGGUCGUUCGGACUGAUCUCACCGAAAUGUACAUCCAGUCUCAUCAUGCUAUCCAGAUUUGCAACAUGCCUGUGAGCAUCCCGGAACCCGUUUAUCAAGCAGACGAAUGGGCGAAACGCGGCACGGAAGUUGUCAAGACUUACAAGGAUCUUCGCAACGCCCUGCCGCGCAAGAUUGCCGUUGGUUUGACCCCGAAUCCGCGUGAUCGAAAGGUGCCGGUCGACUGGGAUGAGCUGACGAAGCGCCUGAGCUACAUGGGCAAGGCCUUGGACGGCAUCCGCACCAACGCC